AGGGUAGCAACAAAGACAGCUAAAUACCAAGAUGAAGCUGUAUAUCGCUCUUGCAUUGAUUUGCAUUAGCGCUUUGGCGCUUGCAGAAGAAGUAGAACAAGACAAAACCAGCGAAGUGACUGAUCUUGAAGAUCCUACUUACUACAGAAGAUGUGGACCAUAUAAACGCUAUAGCUCUGCAACCCACUAUUGCUACCAAAACAAACUUUACAGCAGAAAAUACUAUCGAUAUUGCGGAAAAUACAUCUACAACAUCAGAAGUCACUUCUGUUUCCGAAGACGUGUCUAUGCAAAGAAGUAUUACCGUAUCUGUGGCUACGGUGUUUGUAACAGACGUACUCAGUUUUGCUGGAAGAGAAGAUGCUACUCAAAGAGAUGGUACAGAAUCUGUGGAUAUAAAGUAUGUAACAAACAUACUCAAUUCUGUUGGAGACGUAAAUGCUACGCCAAGAGAUGGUACAAAAUCUGUGGAUAUGGUGUUUGCAAUAAACACACUCAAUUCUGUUGGAGACGUAGAUGUUACUCAAAGAGAUGGUACGCAAUUUGUGGAUAUGGUGUUUGCAAUAAACACACUCAUUUCUGUUGGAAGCGUCGAUGCUAUUUGAAAAAAUGGUAUAGAAUCUGUGGUUAUGGUGUUUGUCACAAGCGAACACAUUUCUGUUACCGACGUCGAUGUUACAGCAAAAAAUUGUACGGCUAUUGCGGAAAAUCUAUCUACCGAAAAAGUAGCUACCGAUGUCACUACAACAAACUUAGACGAUACAAGCCAUACUAAAUGCCAAAAAAAUUGCCCUGUAAACUUUUGUUAGGGGUUGGAUAAAGAAUUAAAUAUUGCAUAUUCCAAAUGCUAUGUUUCUAUACGCAUUUAAUAAAAAAUGUUUCUGUAUGUCGAC